CAUCAAAACAAGUUGAUAUCUGUAGCUAAGCAUUAGUCUUUAAUCCAAAAGAGACUAAUGGAGAAGCAAACCAUUCUAAUGGCCUCUGGGUUGAUGAUGAUGAUGUUGAUCCUAAGCGCAACUACUACAAAAGCUUAUCUAUGCCAGGCUGCAUUGAAAGCUUUGCUGCCUUGCAGGCCCUUCUUGACGGGUUCUAACCCACCUGCACCUAGUGAUAGUUGCUGCCUAGGCGCACACGAAGUGCUGGAUAAAGCUACGAGCUCCCAAGAUAUCAACUCUCUAUGUGCCUGUUUCAAAAACGCUGUAGCCCAGGAUGGUAUUAAUUCUGAUAGGGCUGAACAGCUUCCUAACCUCUGCAAGGUCAAAGUUCCGUUUCCUAUUAAACCCGAUGUGAACUGCAACAAAUUCUGAUGAUUCGAUAAGGAUCGAGUACUGGAGAUAACAAUAAAGAUGGGGAACAUGCAUAGAUAGAGCAACAUAUAUGGCCAAAUAUUGGGUUGUAAACAUAAAUAUAUCGGAGCUCGACUCUUUUUAGAUAUCUUAUAUUAUAUAUAUGCAUGAAAAUAUCAAUUAAAAGAAUAAAAUAAUUCUAGUUUCUUUGCAACA